AUGGAAAUCAUCGCCAAAGAGGCACAAACCCUAUGUGAGAAGUUACUUACAGAGAACAUCAAAAAUGCGUCACAAAGUGAAUUUACCAAAUUUGAAGAUAACACCCAAUUAAGUUUUGAUAAAAGAUAUGAGAAAGCAGAAACACAAUAUGACAUUUUAGACGAGAAAGUAAAACGAUCGAAAAAACACCAAAAGACAAUUGAAGACUCUAUUUCUAUUUUUAAAUUAUUUAUAAAAACCCUUGAAAAUGAAAAUGCCAAAAUAUUACAACUUUAUGAAGAGCACAAUCGAGUGCUUGACAUUCUUGAGAAACUUGAGACGCAAAAGUGUCAAGACAAAAUUGAGAAAAUCAAACAAAUGAAAAUACAGACGUCUCAAAAGGCACAAGAAGCUUCAUCUCUUCAAGUCACUCCAAAUGGUGGCAACUGUUUCUUAACUUCACAAAUUGAAAGUUUGACAUCUAAAAAUGUGAAACAAGUCAUUUUCUAUGACACAGCUAAGAACAAAGAUAAGAUCAAAAAUUUCUUCUGCAACAGUGUUGUUGGAAAACAAAAUUUGUGUGUUGUAGUGGAAGACAAUUAUUCCAAUGUCUUUGGUGGUGUGUUCUAUGAAAAGGUGACGAAAGUGAAUGACUUCAUAUCAGACAAAAAUGCUUCUAUUUUCACAAUUAAAAGAAAUGGAGCGUACUCGGUGCAAAAAUUUGCAAUUGGACAAACAGAAGAAUGUUUCAAAAGAGCCUUUAUCGUUAAUUCAGACCGCCACCCAACGUGUUUUGCAUUUGGCAUUGGUUAUGAUAUUGGGGCGAUGAUUGUGGAUGGUGAAAUGGAAAUGUCUUUUACUCAAAAGUCAUACACUGCACCAUGUGGGUGUUUCAUUAGUGGAGAAAAGAGUAAACUGAAACAAAUUUGGGUGUUACAAUUAAUUUAA